AUGACGACACAUCUUUUUUCAACUAAGAAAGCAGAGAAUAAACCACAGCAGCAAAGGAAAAAAUUCGAGGGCCCUAAAAGAGAAGCUAUCUUGGAUUUAGCCAAGUACAAAGAUUCCAGAAUACGUGUUAAAUUAAUGGGUGGUAAGUUAGUUAUAGGAGUCCUAAAAGGCUAUGACCAAUUGAUGAAUCUAGUUCUUGAUGAUACAGUAGAAUACAUGUCUAAUCCUGAUGAUGAGAAUAAUACUGAACUAAUUGCUAAAAACGCAAGAAAACUAGGUCUGACUGUUAUAAGAGGUACUAUUCUGGUGUCUUUAAGUUCCGCCGAAGGGUCCGAUGUACUAUAUAUGCCAAACUAA